UGCUUUACUAAAUUCCAAUUCUAAUCCCCGUUUACACUCGUGCCGUCUUCUUCCCAUAAACCUUCUCCCCUUCCUCCCCACCGCCCCCCUCCCAGAUUUGCCUCCCCAGAUUCCGGCCCGCGUCGCCUCGCCGGCCGCCUCCCGCGCGCUGCCCUCCCGCCGGAGCGCCCCCGCCGGCUUCCAAUUGGAGGAAUUCGGAUCUCCUCCCCCUCCUCCUCCUCCUCUGCUGGGCUUGCUUGGAGCGGAGAUCCACCGGGGCCUCAGCUCUCGGACUCAGUCGGAUGUGAUACUAUCAAGUUCUGACAAUGAAUAAUUCAGACAAGAAGUCGGUAUGCUCCAUUCCUAGAAGAUCAUCAGAACGUAGGAAACCGUCCUCUUCUGAGUUGGUUUCUUCAGCAAAAAGGCCAACUCGCCACAACACCUCCAGCAGUUAUAAGCCAGAUCAUUGUUCUCCUCCCAAGAGAACAGUAAGAACAGUCAGGAAUGUUAAUCUGGCAAAAUAUGUAAAGAACAAGUAUUAUCGUAGUCCUCUGAGCAAGCGGCAGGCUUCAAAUGUUGCUACUGGAAAAACUGCAACAGGACCAGUCAGGAGGAGGAACCGGAAACGGAGAAGGCACAACACUGAUUGUGACGAGGCAAGUCGCAUGGAAAGAAGGGCGAGCUAUUUGCUGGUCAAAAUAAAAACGGAGCAGAAUUUAAUAGAUGCAUACUCUGGAGAUGGCUGGAAUGGGCACAGCCGAGAGAAAUUAAAGCCAGAUAAGGAGCUACAGCGUGCUAAGAAACAGAUCAUUAAAUGCAAAAUUGCUAUCCGUGAUAUUAUCCAUCAACUUGAUUUGUAUAGUUCAAGUGGGAGCAUGGAAGAUUCCGUGAUGCCUCCAGAUGAGUCUGUUAACCCUGAUAAUACCAUAUGUUCAAGAUGCAAAUCUCCUGAAUCAGUUCCCAACAAUAAAUUUAUCUUCUGUGAAGGGCCCUGCAAAAUGGCGUACCAUCAGAAAUGUUCAGAACCUCCUCUAGACAAAAGUCUUCCUACUGGUGGUCCUGGAUGGCUUUGUAAAUUCUGUUUGUGCAAGAUGAAAAUUUUAGAAGCUGUUAAUGCACAUUUGGGAAUGAGCCUUACAGUGAUGUGUCCCUCUAAAGAUAUUUUUAAGGAAGCAACUGAACAGAUGGACUCUGAGGAUGGACUAGGAGAGGAUUGGUUAUCUGAGUAUUCAGGUGAUGAGGACUAUGACCCUGAAGAAAAUGACUUCACAAGCAGCAGCCUGGAUAGUGGUGAAGAAAGGAUAUCUGAUCAGUCCAAUUGUUCAGGAAGUCCGCUUUAUUCUCCAAACGAUGAUAUUCCAGGCUUUAUAUCAGCAGAUUUCACUGAUGCGGAAGGAUUCUACCACACCAAUUCAAAUUUAGGAAUUGAUUCUGGGGAUGAUGAUGCUGCCGAGAUGCUUACCUACCAAAGGCCAAAGAAAGAGGUUGAUUAUAAAAGACUUAAUGAGGAAAUGUUUGGAAAGCUGACUGACAAUGAAAAGCAGAGUGAAGAUGAAGAUUGGGGUACUAGUAAUAAGAGAAAGAAAAGAAGAGUGGAUUCAGCUGGUGUUGGAGUUAAGUCUGCCGAGGGUUUCUCAGAUGUAAAAUCAAAUGAGAAAGUCCAACCGCAGAGGAGAAAACUUUUCAGAAUUCCUCCUGAGGCAGUUCAGGUACUACGCAAAUCUUUUGCUGAAAGCGAGCUUCCAACCCGGGAGGUGAAAGAGAAUCUCUCAACAGAAUUGGGUAUUUCAUUUGAAAAGAUUGACAAGUGGUUCAAAAAUACAAGGUGUGCUGCUCUCAGAGAUCGGAAGGCUGAAGGAAAUAGCCGUGUUGCUGGCCCCAGCAAAAGAUCGAGACGGAGUGCAGGGAAAUCUGGAAGUUCAGGCAAGGUUGAUUCAGUGGACAAUUCAUAUCUUCUUCCCGCGUCUGAAAUCAUCAGUGUACCUACACAUCCACAAGGGAUUCCUGAGAGGAAGCCCGAAUCAACCAGUAGAACUGUGAGGGGGCGGGUACACGAUAAAGGAGCUCCCUUGUGCCUGACCGCCAAAGUCAAGGAGAGUACAUCACCUACAACCAAGCCUGUCUUGAACACACACCCUACUCAUCUAGCAGAUCGCAUCAUCAACACUGAGCAUAGAGCUGUCUCUCAGGAGGACACAGGGCCCUCCGAUGACCCUUUCUUCGAUGCGAUCCUAUCCUAUCCCACCAUCAACACAAGCGACAGAGCUGCCUCUCGGGAUGAUCCGGUGGCCUUCGAGGACGACCCUUUCCUGGACGUGAUGCUAGCAAACCGCGACAUCUAUACCGAGGAGAGAGUCGCUUCUCACGAGGACGUGAGGCGGACUUCCAGCGACCAGCCUUUCCUGGAUGUGAUCCAGAACGUGUGCGGACUCGAGCAUAGGCUGCAGAGACUGAAGGGGGACAUGCUAUCAUCAUCAGCAGCACCAGGCGGCGCUGGAACCACAGAGCGCGACCUGCAGAGCCAACUAGUGGUUCUCGUGCCAACCGCCGAGCUGAAGGACAAAUCACAGCCUGGCAUCUGAAAUUCCGGGUGCGGAUGCGACGCUCCGUUUGCGUGUUGUCGAUAGGAGUUACUAAAACAUAUAGAAGAAAUAGUGUAGAGAAGGAGAAGAGAAAGAAAAGUAGUGGCUCUAGUCUAGGGUUCUAGCCGACAAGGGGCCUCAACCGUGGUCGUUACUGUGUGUCACAUUGAAGUGCGUCUUCGUUGUUACUUAGUAUACAAGGGCAGUUGUUACUGGUUUUAAUGGGUUGGAGUUAUAUACUUUUCGGGGUUCAAAA